AGUUUAUUGCUAUCAACACUAAACAGCGCUCUCUUCUCUCUUCUCCUCUUUUUUUCCUUUAAACUCCACGGCGCAGAUCCGAGGAGUCUGGGAAACCCUAACUCUCUCUCUAAAUCUCAACCGAAAAAGCCUCCCGAAAACUACCCCUUUUCACCUCUCUCUCUCUCUCUGUCUAUCUCCUCAACAAAUCCACCCACUCCCUAAAACACUUUCUUCUUCUCUUGCUCUAGCUAUCUUCAUCUGCUUCAAGUCAUGGCAGGUUUGGCACCAGAAGGAUCCCAAUUCGAUGCUCGUCAAUAUGAUCAGAAAAUGACUGAGUUGCUUCAAACUGAUGGAGAUGAGUUUUUCACAAGUUAUGAUGAAGUUUAUGACAGUUUUGAUUCAAUGGGACUUCAAGAGAACCUUUUGAGGGGUAUCUAUGCAUAUGGUUUUGAGAAGCCUUCUGCAAUUCAGCAAAGAGGAAUUGUUCCAUUCUGCAAGGGUCUUGAUGUAAUUCAGCAGGCACAGUCUGGAACCGGGAAGACAGCAACUUUCUGCUCUGGAAUUCUACAACAACUUGACUAUGGUGUAGUCCAAUGCCAGGCUCUGGUUUUGGCACCCACUAGGGAGUUGGCGCAACAGAUUGAGAAGGUGAUGCGGGCACUUGGUGAUUACCUUGGUGUGAAGGUCCAUGCUUGUGUUGGUGGGACAAGUGUUCGAGAGGAUCAACGCAUUCUUCAAAGUGGUGUGCAUGUUGUUGUUGGCACUCCGGGUCGUGUCUUUGACAUGUUGAGAAGGCAGUCACUUCGACCAGAUUAUAUUAAGAUGUUUGUCUUGGAUGAGGCUGAUGAAAUGCUUUCUCGUGGUUUUAAGGAUCAGAUCUAUGAUAUUUUUCAGCAGCUGCCGGCCAAGAUUCAGGUUGGAGUAUUUUCUGCCACAAUGCCACCAGAAGCCCUUGAGAUCACUAGGAAGUUCAUGAAUAAACCUGUGAGAAUUUUGGUUAAGCGUGAUGAGCUCACCCUCGAGGGUAUCAAGCAGUUUUAUGUGAAUGUUGAAAAGGAAGAGUGGAAGCUUGAAACUCUAUGUGAUCUCUAUGAGACCCUGGCCAUCACCCAGAGUGUCAUUUUUGUGAACACCAGGCGCAAGGUUGACUGGCUAACUGACAAGAUGCGAAGUCGUGACCACACAGUGUCUGCCACCCAUGGAGACAUGGACCAGAAUACGCGUGACAUUAUAAUGCGUGAAUUCCGUUCUGGUUCUUCUCGUGUUCUCAUCACUACUGAUCUCUUGGCUCGUGGUAUUGAUGUGCAGCAAGUCUCUCUUGUCAUAAACUAUGAUCUGCCGACUCAACCAGAAAACUACCUCCACCGUAUUGGACGAAGUGGAAGGUUUGGAAGAAAAGGUGUUGCCAUUAACUUUGUGACUAGGGAUGAUGAGAGAAUGCUGUUUGACAUCCAGAAAUUCUACAAUGUGGUUGUUGAGGAGCUGCCAUCAAACGUUGCUGAUCUCCUUUGAUGAGAUUACCCUUUUUGAAGAUUGUUGAGGCAAGGGGUUUUGUUGUUUUGCAAGUACUAUUUAACGUGCUCCUUUCUUUUUCUUUUCUCAUUUAGUGUCUUAAGUUAAUGUUGUUCUUAAACAUAUCUGACCAUUUAAUGAUAUGGGUCUUGCACAAUUGCUACAUAAAGAUUGUCCAGUUUUGCCCACUCCGUGAUGGUGGGUUUAUGUUAUUUCAAGUUUUGAUGCGGUUAGGUUUUUGGAUUGUAUGUUGCUAUUAGUAUUUCAUCCUUAUAUAUAAAUUAUUAAAGGCUGUUACUGGUAGUUGAUUGA